UGAUGGGCUGAAGAGCCUGUGAUGAGCUCACAGAACGUGCUGCCAGGCGGCAUCAGGGCAGACGGGGGGCCAAAUUCGAUCGAGAGGAGAGGACGGCUCUUAUGGGUUGCCAGAAUGGCUUCAGAGCCACUCCAGCCUCAGUGUCAGCCAAGGGUGCGCCAGGGGCAGCGGCUUUGCUGGACUGCAGCAAGCCCCCCUCCCCCAGCAUUUGACGACACUUCCCCAAGGUGCCGGCUGUGGACGAUGGGUCUCGUAGCCCUUUCCCCUGAAUGGCGCCAGUCAGGACUUUUCUUCCCAUCUCUCCUGCUGUUUGUGUCGCCUUUGGCAACCCCAGUUCCCCUCCCCAAAGGAGUCCCAUUCCAGCUGCCUUGGUCACAUCCUUAAGCUAUUUAUAAGCCUGCUUCUUUUCCAGCGGGUUUAGUUGUUCUCCUGCCAAGCUGACGACAGCAUCUCUCUGCUCCUCCUAGAUCUAUUUGCUUUAUCUUUUUGUCACCAUGUGAGGAAAUCAUUUUAGAUCCUUGGGAUAUUUUAUCCUCCCCGCACCCCGCCAAAUCUGGAUAUCUAUGCAGGCCAGCAGCUGAGUCAACCGUUGAUGUUAAAUUUGAUGACCACCUGACCUCUUACUGGUUGCAGGUCACAUGGUUUCUCCCCCCCCCAAGUUGGCACCCACACAUUUAUUUUUAAGGCGUGCACUCAGUCCUUGUGUGCAGUAGGUAGUCCUUCACAAAGAGCUGAGUCACGCUGCCAGAUCCACAACGACCGUGGAGGAAUAUGGGAUCCUCUCCGUGGCCAUUUGUAUUUGUGGAAGAGAGCUUGGCCAGUGCCAGGAGGGGCAGGGGUUUAAGGGGCCCGCAGUGGCAAACGAGAAAAACAAGGCAUUUCUUUCCUGUCCUCUUGCUGAUCCCAAAUCGCCCUCUCGCACAGGGUAUGUAGAGUUCAAGCCAUAAAUGUGUGGAAGUCAUUCUACAGCCCUCCCUGCCUGGCAUCCUGCAGAGGUGCUAAGCCUUGAAAUACUGGGCAUUGCCGUCCCAUGCCCGUCCCUCUCAAGAGCUGCUUGAGAUUUUGUACCUUCCUUUUAAGGAGGGACAUUAUGAGAUGGUGUCUCCCAUUUCCUUCUUCAACCUCCCAACCUCAGGGUUUCUGGAUAUUUCACUUAAUUACACCCAACGUGGGCAUUAUAUGAGGAACCCCCAUAAUUUCCUUCUCCUUCUCUCCAGCGGAGCCAGUAACCUCCAGACUAAAACAACUCCGGCUACAGCGAGAUGACUUUGAAAUCUUAAAGGUGAUCGGCCGAGGAGCUUUCAGUGAGGUGGCAGUGGUGAAGCAGAAGAGGACCUCUCAGGUGUAUGCUAUGAAAAUAAUGAAUAAAUGGGACAUGUUGAAACGAGGAGAGGUUUCCUGCUUCAGGGAGGAGAGGGACGUCCUGGUGAACGGAGACAAGCGCUGGAUUACGCAGUUGCAUUUUGCUUUCCAAGAUGAGAAUUACUUGUACCUGGUGAUGGACUACUAUGUUGGUGGUGACCUCCUGACCCUGCUGAGCAAAUUUGGUGACCGCAUCCCGCUAGAGAUGGCCCGGUUCUACUUGGCUGAGAUGGUGAUGGCCAUCAACUCGAUACACAGCUUGGGUUAUGUGCACAGAGACAUCAAACCAGACAACAUCCUGCUUGAUCGAUGUGGGCACAUCCGGCUCGGGGAUUUUGGAUCCUGCCUCAAGCUUCAAGAAGAUGGGACGGUCUGUUCCACAGUGGCAGUGGGCACUCCAGAUUACCUCUCCCCUGAGAUCUUGCGAGCAGUGGAAGAUGGGGCUCAUUCCUAUGGCACAGAAUGCGACUGGUGGUCUCUGGGCAUUUUUGCCUACGAGAUGUUCUUUGGGCACACCCCCUUCUUUGCCGACUCUGUUGUGGAAACCUACGGCAAGAUUAUGCACUUCAAGGAGCAUUUCCAGUUCCCCCUCUCGGCACCAGAGAUCCCCCCGGAAGCCCAGGCCUUAAUCGAAGGGCUGAUCUGUCCGCGAGAGACACGGCUGGGACGUAACGGGGUCCGGGACUUCCAGGAGCACCCCUUCUUCAUCGGCAUCGACUGGGAGGGCUUGCGGGACUGUACCCCGUCCUUCGUGCCCGAGUUUGCCAAUGCCACCGACACGUGUAACUUCGACGUGGUGGAUGACUGUCUCACCGACAUGGUGAGAGGGGGAGGGGAGACACUGUCGGAUGUGAUUGAGACCUCUCCACUCGGGGUGCACCUGCCCUUUGUGGGAUACUCCUACACUUACACGGCUGUGAAACAGAAUGACCCUGAGGACAGUGACCGAAGUAACAUCGCCAUGGAUGUGGAUUGUGCUGGGAAGAUCUCAUCAGGAGAAGCAGAGAAAACCCCUCCUGAGGAGCUGGCAUGCAAGCUGCCAGACGGGCAGAAGCUGGACCUGUCCACUUUUCUAGAACUGCAGGCGGCCUUUGAGGAGGAACUGAAGAGUCGGGAAAUGCUGCGCCAAGAGCUCAGCAUGGUCAAAGUGGCCAAUCAGACUUUUGCCAGCCAGCUAAAGGAUGCUGAGAGCCGAAACUUGGAACUGGAAGCUCAGAUCAGAAGCUUGAAGGAGCAGAUGGAAGGGCUGAAACCAGCGGCCGAGGAGGGCGGCACCAUGGCAUCACGGCUCUGUGAAUACCCGCUUGUGGUACCUCUGUACCGGCACUUGCUGCUCUUUUCCAGGGUACAUAGGCCCUGCAUUGUCAACGUGGGAUACCUGCUUCUAUGCACCGGUGGGUUAGGACUGGAGGUCUCCGCUCGGAGCUCAGCGGAAGCAGUUUGAACGCUGACGGGGCAAGGAGCAGUUGGGCACGUCAGCCGCUUGCCACUGUCCGAUCAAGCCUAGCCUAAACCCCUUUAACAAAGGACUCGCUUGGACGAACUCGGGCCCAGAGGUGGCCAGGCCAGGCCAGGCCCCGGAGCUCCAGCUGCAAACAGCCUAGCUCAGCUUUGCCUCUGGUUCUCUCCCAUCUGCUUCUUUCGCUUCUAGAGGGCAGGACUGUCAGCCCACCUCCUCUAAAUAGACGUGCUCCAAGGAGAAAGUCCGGAGGGAAGAGGAGCUGAAGGCAUAACCCAGGCAUCCUGCCUUCUCGCAUCCUGGCACCCUCCUAAAGAACACGCGCCCAGCUCUGACGGCACUUUCCCAUGGAAACACAUCGAGUUUCCCAAAGGCUGCUGGGGACUCCUGAGCUGCUACGACGUCUCCUCCUGCCAGGCUGCUGGAAGCUGUUCCUGUUGCUGCAAAGGAUUUUGAGCUGGCAAAAGAUUCUUCCAGGGACUUCUGCCCUUCCUGGCAAUGGCCGCUUCUAUGCCAGAUGCCCCUUGGGAGAUGAGGGUUAGAAAGGCCAGUGGCAGGAAAGGGGCACCCAGAUCCAGACCCCCAGGAAUGGCAACUUCCUGAAGAGAAGGAAGGUGACGAAGAGCCUGCCCCAGCGGGCUUGCGAAGCCUGACUCCUAAGGAUCAGUCGAGCGGUUUGCUCUGCCAGCUGCAACUAGCACCUUUGUUGCACUUCGGGGCCAGGAGUUUGCUUGAAGGCCAGGGCCCUCCCUGGAAGGAAAAAAGGGACAGGCCUGUUUUUUUUUUUUGCAACGCCUUACAGUGCCCUUGGACUCUACCGGGGGGUGGCGGGGGGAUGCUAGUUUUAAACUGCCAGACACACUUUUUAUCUGCACUUCUCCACUUCUGAUUCUAGAUAGCAACCUGGCUCUCUAGCACUCCACAGUUCAACCCACCCAUUUUUUGUAAGUUAUUUCGAAUAGUGAGGGUUAAGUGGCAACCCUUUCUGCCUCAAGCUGGGGAUCCAGGCCUCCAACCCGUGUUUUGAAGAGUGUAUGCAUGAUUAUAAAAGUGCACAGAACCAAAAUCUAGCUUGUAGGGGCAAACUGCUAGUGUAGGGUUUUUCACUAAGCCCCUCUUGGUGUCUCUCACCUACCCCCCAUAUUUAUUAUUCCUCCUCUUUGUGUAACAUGGCGCAUUGGCUGGGUGCAUGAAAACACUGUACAUUCUGACACUGUGAGUUGAGGAUGUUCCCUUUUUUUGAGAUGAGUAAGAAUAAAGUCGGACUAUUCCGCG